UCCCUCCGCAGACGGAAGCCGGGCAGGGACGAGGGAGCCGGGAAAGCUGGAGCGGCAGGAUGGGGGACUCCAAAGUGAAGGUGGCGGUGCGCGUCCGCCCCAUGAACCGGCGAGAGCUUGAUCUGCAUACAAAAUGUGUGGUGGAUGUGGAUGCAAACAAGGUUAUUCUUCAUCCUGUAAACACCAACCUAUCAAAAGGAGAUGCCAGUAGGAGCCACCCAAAGGUGUUUGCUUAUGAUCACUGCUUUUGGUCUAUGGAUGAAUCUGUCAAAGAAAAAUAUGCAGGUCAAGAUGUUGUUUUCAAGUGCCUUGGGGAGAAUAUUCUUCAGAAUGCCUUUGAAGGCUACAACGCUUGUAUCUUUGCCUACGGGCAAACGGGAUCUGGAAAAUCAUACACAAUGAUGGGGACUGCUGACCAGCCUGGAUUGAUCCCUAAACUUUGCAGUGGACUCUUUGAAAGAGCACAGAAAGAGGAAAAUGAAGAGCAGAGUUUCAAAGUGGAAGUAUCCUACAUGGAGAUAUACAAUGAGAAAGUCAGAGAUCUCCUUGACCCAAAAGGAAGCCGUCAGUCAUUAAAGGUUAGAGAACACAGUGUUUAUGGCCCUUACGUAGAUGGCCUAUCCAAACUAGCUGUUGCUAGCUACAAGGACAUCGAGUCCUUGAUGUCUGAGGGCAACAAAUCCCGAACAGUGGCUGCAACCAACAUGAACGAGGAGAGCAGUCGGUCCCACGCAGUGUUCAAGAUUAUCCUCACCCACACGCUCUAUGACGUACAAUCAGGGACAUCAGGUGAGAAGGUGGGCAAGCUGAGCCUGGUGGACUUAGCAGGGAGUGAAAGGGCAACUAAGACUGGUGCUGCAGGGGACAGGCUGAAAGAAGGAAGCAACAUUAACAAAUCCCUCACAACUCUUGGGUUGGUUAUUUCUGCCCUGGCAGAUCAGGCUGCUGGCAAGAACAAGAACAAAUUUGUUCCGUAUCGUGAUUCUGUGCUCACUUGGUUACUUAAAGAUAGCCUUGGUGGGAACAGCAAGACUGCCAUGGUGGCAACGGUGAGCCCAGCAGCGGAUAACUAUGAUGAGACCCUUUCCACCCUGAGAUACGCGGACAGGGCCAAGAACAUCGUCAACCACGCCGUGGUCAACGAGGACCCCAAUGCUCGCAUCAUCCGGGAGCUCCGCGAGGAGGUGGAGAAGCUGCGGGAGCAGCUCACGAAAGCUGAGGCUAUGAAAUCACCCGAAUUAAAAGAACGAUUGGAGGAAUCUGAGAAGUUGAUUCAGGAAAUGACUGUGACCUGGGAAGAAAAAUUACGAAAAACUGAGGAGAUAGCUCAGGAGCGUCAGAAACAGCUGGAAAGCCUUGGCAUAUCCCUUCAGUCUUCUGGAAUAAAAGUUGGGGAUAAUAAGUGCUUCCUGGUCAAUUUGAAUGCUGAUCCAGCUCUCAAUGAACUUCUGGUGUACUAUUUAAAGGAGCACACGUUAAUAGGCUCAGACAACUCCCAAGAUAUCCAGCUGUGUGGAAUGGGAAUUCUUCCUGAGCACUGCAUCAUAGACAUCACCCCAGAAGGCCAGGUUAUGUUAACUCCUCAAAAAAAUACUAGGACAUUUGUAAAUGGUUCUGCUGUCGUGUGUCCAAUCCAGCUCCAUCAUGGAGACAGAAUCCUGUGGGGAAACAACCACUUCUUCAGGCUGAAUUUGCCGAAGAAGAAAAAGAAGGCAGAUCAUGAGGAUGAGGAGCGGGACAACUCCAUGAAGUGCAGUAACAGUGUGGAGCAGCUGGAUGUAGAUGGAGACAAUUCCAGUGAAGUGUCCAGUGAGAUCAACUUCAGCUAUGAAUAUGCCCAGAUGGAAGUCACUAUGAAGGCCCUGGGUAGUAAUGAUCCCAUGCAGUCGAUCCUGCAGAGCCUGGAGCAGCAGCACGAGGAGGAGAAGAGAUCUGCCCUGGAGAGGCAGAGGCUGAUGUACGAGCACGAGCUGGAGCAGCUGCGGAGGCGGCUGUCGCCGGAGAAGCAGCAUUUCCGCAGCAUGGACCGGUUCUCCUUCCACUCUCCCAGCGCCCAGCAGCGCCUGAGGCAGUGGGCUGAGGAGAGAGAAGAAAUGUUGACCCACAGCCUGAGGAAGCUGCGAGAGCAGAUUGUUAAAGCCAAUUUGUACGUGAGAGAAGCCAAUUUUAUCGGAGAGGAGCUGGACAAGAGGACAGAGUACAAAGUGACCCUCCAGAUCCCAGCUUCAAGCCUUAAUGCCAACAGUAAGAGAGGUGCAAUUCUCAGUGAGCCUGCUAUCCAGGUGAGAAGGAAAGGAAAAGGCAAACAGAUUUGGUCACUGGAAAAGCUGGAGAAUCGGUUGGUGGAUAUGAGGGAUCUUUACCAGGAGUGGAAAGACUGUGAGGAAGACAACCCAGUGAUGAGAUCUUACUUCAGGAGAGCUGACCCGUUCUACGAUGAGCAGGAAAACCACAGCCUUAUUGGAGUAGCCAACGUUUUCCUUGAGUGCCUGUUCUAUGAUGUGAAGCUACAAUAUGCAGUUCCAAUCAUCAAUCAGAAGGGAGAGGUAUCAGGUCGUCUCCACGUUGAAGUUGUUCGAGUGAGUGGAGAGAUCGACGACAGGCUGGUGGGAGGUGAGGACAGUCCUGACUGUUCCAGUGAAAACGAUGUUCAGGAGAGAAAACUUGUCUGCAGGAUUAAAAUACUUCAAGCUACAGGUUUGCCACAGCACCUCUCCAACUUUGUGUUCUGCAAAUACACGUUCUGGGAUCAACUGGAGCCUGUCAGUGUUGCACCUGAGGUGGAUCCUUCCCAAUCUUCCAUCAGCAAGGAGCCACGGUGCAUGGUGGUCUUUGAUCACUGCAAUGAAGUUUCUGUCAAUAUUUCUGAAGACUUCAUGGAGCAUCUCUAUGAUGGUGCUUUGGCCAUUGAGGUUUACGGGCACAAGCAGAGUGGUGACCGCAAAAAUCCAGCCCUGUGGGAUUUGGGAAUAAUUCAGGCCAAAACACGCAGCCUUCGUGACAGGUGGAGUGAAGUGACCCGCAAAGUAGAACUCUGGGUUCAAAUUCUGGAGCUGAAUGAGAAUGGGGAAUAUUGCCCAGUGGAGGUGACUCCUGCCAAGGAUGUCAGCACAGGAGGCAUCUUCCAGCUCAGGCAGGGACAAUCUCGACGGAUUCAGGUUGAAGUGAGAUCUGUGCAGGAAUCUGGGACCUUGCCACUGAUGGAGGAAUCAAUAUUGUCUGUUGGCAUUGGCUGUGUUCAAAUAAAACAUGUCAAGUCACAAAAUUAUCAGGAAGAAGAGGAUGAAAUGGACAGUUAUCAGGACAGGGACUUGGAGAGGCUCCGUCGGAAAUGGCUCUGUGCCUUAACGAAGCGUCAGGAGUAUCUGGAUCAGCAGCUGCAGAAACUUGUUGGGAAGCCUGAUAAAACAGAAGACGAUGCAGAUCGGGAGGCUCAGCUCUUGGAGAUGAGGUUGACCCUGACAGAGGAAAGGAAUGCUGUGAUGGUCCCUUCUGCUGGCAGUGGGAUCCCUGGAGCUCCAGCAGAGUGGACUCCUGUGGCUGGUAUGGAAACUCACAUUCCUGUUAUAUUCCUUGAUUUGAAUGCUGAUGACUUCAGCUCCCAGGAUAACCUGGAUGACCCAGAAGCUGGAGGGUGGGAUGCUACUCUUGUUGCAGAAGAGGAGGAGGAAUUCUUUGAGCUGCAGAUUGUGAAGCAUCAUGACAGUGAGGUGAAAGCAGAAGCCUCCUGGGAUUCCACAGUCCACGACUGUAUCCAGCUCAGCAAGGGAACGGCAGCAGAUGAGAGGGUUUAUCUGAUUGUCAGAGCCACUGUCCAGCUCAGCCACCCUGCAGAGAUGCAGCUGGUGCUGCGCAAGCGCAUCUGUGUCAACGUCUAUGGCAGACAGGGCUUUGCACAGAGUUUCCUCCGAAGGAUGUCCCCCCGAAGUUCCAUUCCUGGCUGUGGUGUCACUUUUGAGAUAGUCUCAAACAUUCCAGAGGAUGCUCAGGGAGCUGAAGAGAGGGAGGCACUGGCCAGGAUGGCAGCAAACGUGGAAGAUGCAGCCUCAGCCGACUCUGAGGCCUAUAUUGAGAAGUACCUGCGCAGCGUCCUGGCCGUGGAGAACAUCCUCACCCUGGACCGGCUGCGCCAGGAAGUUGCUGUGAAAGAGCAGCUAAUGGGAAAAGGAAAACUCUACCGCAGGAGCCUGAGCUCUCCCAACGUGAACAGGCUCUCUGCAAGCCGCCAAGAUUUAGCACCCCCUUACAACCUGAGCAGUAACCGGGGUCGAUGGGAGAGUCAGCAAGAUGUGUCCCAAGGUGCCACAAAUUCCAGUAGAGGCAUUAGUCCAUCUCGUACCUCCCUGCCAGGCUCUGGGCAGCAAAACCACUCUCCUGAUCCAGGUAUUGGUAGCCUGGCUGCUUCCUACCUGAAUCCUGUCAAGUCCUUUGUGCCUCAGAUGCCAAAGCUGCUGAAGUCUCUCUUUCCUGUUAGAGAUGAGAAAAAGGGCAGGCAAACCUCUCCCCUUGCACAGCAGGCUGUCCCACGAAUUAUGGUUCAGUCAGCCAGUGUGGAUGCCAGUGCUGCCAGGAUAAGACAGAUGAACCAAGAGGAAGUAGGGAAACAGCCAUUCCAAACCACGGUGCAGGCGCCUGAGGUGGACAAGAGCCCGGAAAAGACACCCAAAGUGCCUUUGCAGCAGCCCACGGGAGAUUCCCAAGCACAGGACUCCCAGGAGGGGCCUCCAAGCCCUCUGAGUGAAGCCUCCAGUGGGUACUUCUCCCACAGUGUGUCCACAGCCACCCUCUCAGAGGCACUCACAGCGGGAAGCGACACUGGGGCUCAGCCAGGGGGUCAAAUCCCUGCAGGGAGUGACUUCCCGGCUCCCGCGGUGGCUCAGGUCUCCUCUGACAUUCCAGGACACUUGGACAGUGCUUCCGAGAGCUCUUUUGGUACAAAGAGGGAGAACCCACCCGCCUUCAGCCUUCAAAGUGCUCACCCAAGACCCAGAGACGGCCCUGAGGUGAAUGGAAACAGUUUGAAAUCAAAAUCUUGCACAUCUCCUGGGACUCCGAGCGAGCAGGGACACGAUGCCUCUGUAGCCACUGAUGCAAAACCCUUUCUCUCUACCUCCACUCCAAAGAAGGAGUCGUUGUCCAAACAAUCAGUGGAGUCAGCAGGACAAGCUAGGAAAAAAGAAGUGGCUUCUGGGGCUUCAGAAGGUUGGGGGUUUCCCAAGCCACAGGUUCAUCCUGACCAGUUGUCCCAGCCUGGCACUGCGGCCUCCCCCUUCAAAAUCCAGAAAGUCAAGACAUCGGAGCUGAAGUCCUUCACAAGCAUGUUGGGAUCAGAUCCCACAUGUUCCCUAAACACAGAAGAGCAGCGAGAAGGAGGAAAGAGCGCGUCCGCUUCCCGUGGGCUGAACCACAACGGAUCAGAGACGGAAGAGGAAAAGCUGGAGGUGAUUUCCGACUCCGAAGACACCAAUGAAAUUCCCGAGUGGCUGAAGGAGGGAGAAUAUGUCACAGUUGGCACCAAUAAGACAGGCAUUGUUAGAUAUGUUGGACCCACAGACUUCCAGGAGGGAACGUGGGUUGGUGUCGAACUGGAUUUGCCUUCAGGGAAGAACGAUGGCUCCAUCGGAGGGAAGCAGUACUUCAGGUGCAACCCAGGGUACGGAUUGCUGGUGAAACCGGGCAGAGUCAGAAGGGCCACGGGCCCGACGCGCCGGCGGAGCACCGGGCUGAGGCUGCAGGGAGGAGCCGCCGCCGAGAACAGGCGGAGCGGCAACUUCUCCGGCUCAGCCUCCAACCUGGCCUCCCUCACGGCCCUGGCCAAGGCAGAGGGAGGAUCCACACUACGGCUGGAGAAGAGCCAGAAGAACGCGGAGAACAGGAAAUCCUGGGCAAACUGAGGCAGCCCAACCCGGCGCGGCGAAGGCCGCGGGGCGCGGCUGGCGGAGCCGACGGCUCCGGGAAGAGAAAACCGACCCAUCCGAACUCCCAGUUGGUGGCAAACACUAAUGAAGGGUUUCUUCUCUCUGCUUUGGGUGAUUGACACGAUAAUUCCUUGCCUUGUCAUGGUGCUGGAUCUCCAUCCUUCGUUUCCUGUUACAAAUCGUGGCGCUCCGGGGGGUGACCGAUGACGACCGGUGAUGGCGCGUGGCGGUGGGUGGGUGUGACCUCCCUCUCUUCCAGCUUCCAGAGGUAAAUUGUUCAGAUCGUGGCGUGGCUUCCCAGCAGCUACAAAAUACUCCCCUCGCUGUACAGGGUGAUUCUAAAAAGCCUCCCCAAAACAACAGUUCUUUUCCAGUUCCGUAAGAGCUGCGUCUCCGUGGCGGAAUCCACAAUGAAAGGGUGAAGUUGGGAUGAUUCCAGACAGGCAGGGAAGUGAACAGAGAACUUUAUUGGGAAAUAAAGAGCCCCCAACCCCCCUUUAUUUAAAAAAGCAACAACCCAUGGGUUUUGUGAGUGGAACCAGUGCCUGUGUGGAUUACUGUCCCGUUGUCCCACUCUCCUGUGGAAAUCAGCACAGUCUUUCCACCUGGUUUGGUGGGAAUGGGAGAAGGCCCAUGACGUGCUCUGUAAUAUUUUUGAUCCAUUUAAUGUGCACUCUCACCGUGCCAGGAUCCCCUCUCACUUUCCCCAGGGUGGCAGGACCUUCCCCUUGGUUCUUCCCAGUGGGCCAAGAGGAUUUUUGCAGAGAUAUCAGCACUCAAGUGCUUCCAUGUUCCCACCCAACCUUUGGAGACCCUUGGAAUUUUACCAGUUAAGCAAAGCAGAGGAUCUCUGUCCUCAUAAUGGGAUUAAUCCAGUCUAUUUAUUUUUAUUUAUUCUUUUAAAACACGAAAUGUUUGCGCUUUACAAUCAUCCACAGAGGAGCCUCUCCCAGCACCAUCCCGAGCGCCGAUCCAAAGAGGAGGUGCCUCCGUCGCCAGCUCAUCCCCAAAACCCAGCUCCCUCUUUAAAGUGGGAGUUUUUAUAAAACUUGAUUUUAUUUGUGGUAACUGUGGCUGGUUUUUAACUGCCUGUGGCACAGGUGACAUCUGUCUGUAGGUGUGUCCAUGCCUGUGCACAGAUCGACCUGCACACACUCAUUUUCUAACAAAUCAUGGAAAAACCACAGAUUUUACUAUUCUGAGCUGUUUGUGUCUUGUUUAGUCAUCCUGGGGGGACUGGAGAGCUUGAGCAAUAGAUGUUUUAGCUGUGUGGGGACUAUUUAGGAUGUUAAAUCGAUGAUUAAACUCUAAUAUCGAUCCAGCCGCUGCCCGUGGGUAUCCAAGUGCCUUAAACCAUCUGGUUCUGAGGUCCAAGGGAAAGCUACAUUGUCAUCAGAGGAGAUAGGGAUGCUCAGAGAAGGAGCUAAUUAUGCUGAUUUACUGUAAUUAAUAUCAUUUAUGCAGAAGGAAUAAAAUUAAAAUAGAAACUAAUCUGUAGCCGAAAUAAGCGGGCUGAGUUCCUGCAUAGGACUUCCAGGGAUUUGUAUAUCCUUCCAGCUUGGUGUAACUUCUUUUCAGUGUUUCCUAAAUUUUCCUCAAGAAAUCUUAAUAUAAAAUGUACAGAGCAACUUUUAAAGAUAUUUUUAGUGUACAGUUUUUCCCUCCUUUUCCUUUGCAUGAAGCUCCUGUGCAUCCAAGCCGCGACAGCAGGAAUUUGGGAGUAAAGAAUUCAGAUGCUAAAAUCUCGGGUUUUAAAAUUAAAACUGGUUUUAUAGAUACAACCUGGGGGUCUGAUGAGUCUUGCUGGUGAAAGACCACCCUCUAAUGAAUUCAAUGCCUCUUAAACACGUUUCUGAUGCACUUUGUUCCGAUGGGCUGCAGGAAGUAGCUGACGUGAAACAACCCCUCCCCUGUAGUUGUGUGGGUUUAGUCUCAGCAUUUUAGUUACUGGAUUUAGGGGUGUCUUUAAAACUCCUCCAUGUUUGCCUGGUGUCCCCUUUGGGGGAGGUAUGAAGGGAAGAACCUGACCCAGUCCUUUUGAAGCCUCUUUUCUUGCGCCGCUGUCUGUGAAACCAGGAGUUCCGUGGGACCCAUGGAAAGGUGUCCAGGUUGCAGGAGGGAAAGGCCCGAGCAAAGGCAACUGGGUUAAUAUUUCACUGGAUUUGCUGCCCACUAUAAAUUCCUCUGCCCCAGCUCCGACCAUGUGAGGACGUAUUUUGGUGUUUGCACAUCUGGGGCACGUGGUUGGAGCUGCACCCGACUGAUCCAGGCUGGAUUGCCUUCCUCCUGCCUUCUAUCAUGUUACAGAACCAUGGAGAGGGGUAUGAAGGAUGGUUUAACAGACCAUCCUUGCUGCCUCCUCUGGGAUAACUUGUCCUGGAAGCAAAGUCUUCAGUAGGGCUGAGAUGUUUCCAGGCAUCAGUGGGUGAUGAAAACAAGCAGCUCUGCCACCAGAGCCCUCAAUGCCUUUGUGGAGGGAGAGUCUCAGAGCCCUCUUGGGUUUCACCAUCUUCUUUGACUUCUGAAACUAAACCUCUCCUCCAAUUCCACCCUAAAAUUGCCCCAAUGCAGCACAAGAAAGCCAGAAAGCCAAACUCAUCAAAUUCAGCCAUGAGGAUGUUCCCAGAGGACUUCCCUGACUCCCUCCUGCUCCCCCACAGCUUUCCUGGGCACACGAGUUUUCUCCUAAAGAUAUUUUCCAAGAUUUUGGCACAGUGAGUGCAUGUUCCUCUGCUCAAAGCCAUCUGUUACUUCGCACCAGCUAAACCAGCUAACCAGAAACACAGUUAAAAACCAUCAUGAAGGUAAUAAUACAUAUUUUUUAUUGUUAACAUUAGAAAAUCUCUACUCUCAGCCUAAAGGAGGAGGUGCUCUUAACUGGAACCGCCCAGCACUGAGGCUGCUCUGUGAAUAGCUAUGCAUAUUUUCCAAGAUUUUCAUGCACUUUAUACAGGGAAGGAGAAUAUUUAAUGCAGGAAAGUGUAAUUUGUUGUGUCUUAUCUCUGGUGUCUCCCCGGGGGUUCAAUCUUGGCUGUGUCCCUGAACUGUGGGGUCUCGGAUUCUGGUGUGGAAAAUUGUUGGUGGGUUGGAAAGGCACCAUCCAUCCCUGUGUCCACAGGGGGGUCCUCUCCUCCCCACGUGGGUCCCCUCUUCCCCAUGGGAUGUGGCGUGUCUUAGAGGAGGCCUUUUGGAGGGACUUUUUGGGGUUUUUUUCCAAACCAAGGCUUGUUCCUGUGUUAUAUUCAGCUCUUGAGGUGUUUUGAUCUCUGUGUCCAAAAUCUUGCCUGUUUUCUCCAAGGGCCUUGGCUCUCUGGUGGCUGAUGAUGUGGUUUAGUUGAUGAAAACUGAUGGAAACAGAUUUUGUAUGGAAACGCCUCCUGAGUCCUUAAGCAGAGUUUUGUCCAUGGUUGAGGUGGAAGCUCCUGGGAGGUGGGAUAUUCAACCCCCCUGUGCUCUCCUACAAACCAAGAACCCCCUCAUUCCCACCCAGUGGUGAAUCCCUGUAGGAACAGAGCCUGGGUGUUACACAUCCCAGUUGGUGCCAUCUCGGAGCUGCCGGAGCCGUGUCCGUGUCGGUGCCCGUGUUGUCCUUCCACUGGCACUGCCAGUUCUUUGCACAAGACGUUGUUUCCCAGUGCCUUAUCCCUGGAGCAGCAGCCAGGGGUGGGGGGCUGAGUGGUCUCCCAGCCUUGGGCUGCCUGGAUUUUAGGGAAGGACGGUGGCAAUAAGGAACGGUGCAGGCUGGUCACACUACACGACACCCCGAGCUGGGGUCAUGAAUAAGUGUCUUGUUUCUCCAUCUCCUCUGUUUUUCUACCCCCUCCACCCUCCUCCUAACCCAGGGACCACUGGGGUUCCCUGCAGCCCCCACCCAUGUCCCUUGUCCCCCCAGGGGAGCCGGUCCCAGCUCGUGUGUCCGUGUCCGUGUCGGGGGUCUGUACAUACCAAGGGGUCACUGCCACUGAGGGGGGGGGCUCUGUGUACUUUAAAUGAGCUGAAAUCCAAAGAGACUUUGUAAUGAGCUGUAAAGUUUUUAAUUGUAUCUGUACAAAACUAAAUGACUGUAAUAUUGUAUUAUAUACGUGCGAUGCCGCCUGCAGGACCUGAAUAAACGUCUUCUUUAGAGCUGGGAA